UAGAAAUCAAAGCAUUGAAACAAAUCAAAAGAGAACCGAAAAAGACCGAAAGUAAUCAAAGUGCCGCAUAAUUUUGGAAAGCCGCGGUAUCAAAACAAUGUCUGCUUUAAGAAAACCAACUGGCACACUUAAUUUGCGUAUGCUUUUCAAGCAGCUGCAUGCUGUGCGUUCAAUUUGUGUCAGUUCGAAGAGCUACGCAGAUGACCAUGCACAAAAACCGAAAUCCUCUGCAGAACACUAUGACAUCAUAAUUGGUGGUGGUGGACUCGUUGGCACAGCACUCGCAGUGGCUUUGGGCAAAAAUAAAGUUUUAAAUGACAAACGGAUAUUAUUGCUUGAGGGCGCACCGCCUUUCAGAGGCUUCAAUGUCGAAGCGCAAUAUGGCAACCGUGUCUCCGCUAUUAAUAAUAACAGUGUAGAACUUUUCCAAUCGAUCGGCGCUUGGGAUUACAUGGAAGAACGUAGAGUAAAACAUGUUAAACAGAUGCAAGUGUGGGAUGCAUGUAGUGAUGCCUUAAUCAAAUUUCAAGAUGAACAUUUCGCCGCUGAUGUGGCUUGCAUUAUUGAAAAUGAUUUAAUGUUGGAUGCUCUGUAUGCACAACUGGCUGAUAACACAAAUGCGCAGAAUGUGGAGGUACGUAACAAUGCGCGCAUUGAAGGCGUACAACUUUCUGUAGACACUGGCGAUAAAUAUUCGCAAGUGAACCUUAAAGAUGGCAAAAUAUUAACAUGUGAACUACUGAUAGGCGCUGAUGGCGCCAAUUCGUUGGUUCGUAAACAAAUGAAUAUCGAUGUAUUUAGUUUGGAGUAUCAACGUCGUGGAGUGGUAGCCACCGUGCAAUUAGAAGACGCUUGUGAUAAUACGGUGGCCUGGCAACGUUUCUUACCUACCGGACCGGUUGCCUUAUUACCAUUAAGCGACACACUCAGUUCGGUGGUGUGGAGUACAACCAUUCCACAUGCUAAACAUUUGUUGGAAUUGCCUGACGCGGAUUUCACUAAAGCAUUAAAUGAAGCUUUUUUCAAGGAAUACCCCAAGAAUGGAGUUGUUGUCAAUGCAAUGAAUACAUUAAACUCGAUUAUUGGACGUAAUCCCGAUAUGCUGAGACAAUAUCCGCCUGCCGUAAAUGGAGUUAUAGAAAAAUCACGUGCAUCAUUUCCUUUGGGCUUUUUACAUGCCUCAUCAUAUGUAUGCACCGGUGCGGCUUUGAUUGGAGACGCCGCUCAUCGAGUACAUCCACUCGCAGGUCAAGGUGUGAAUUUAGGGUUCAGUGAUGUGCGUGAACUUGUUAAAGUGCUUUCUGAGGCGGCGUAUGCUGGUGCAAAACUCAGUGACAAUCACUACCUUAUUAAAUACGAACAACGUAGCUUGUCGAAGAACGUGCCUAUAAUGGUGGGUGUGCAUGGUUUGCAUACACUCUACUCGACCACAUUCACGCCGGUGGUUUUGCUGCGCAGCCUAGGUUUACAGCUCACAGACACUAUUUCGCCUAUAAAAAAUUUAUUUAUGAAACGUGCUAUUGGCUAAACACUUUAUGGCUUUAUCAAUUAAGUUACUCGUAUAAAUAUCAAUAACAAUGAUUAUCAGUUUUUGUAUUUUAGAUAUAUAGAAAUGUUCUGCUAAUUUGGUUAUAAAUAAAACACGAAAUUAAUACGAUUUGUGGGAAA